GUUGAAUCAGUAAAGCAUCGAAAGACUUACAAUAAAGAAAAUACUGAUCCUCAUAUUAUUCCAGCACAUAAAGUUCGAACAGUUAAAAAAGUACACAAUCUUAGUAAAACUAUUGAUGAGAAUCAAUAA